AUGACCGAUACUCCAACCUCUCUCCCGCAACCCGCGAAUGGGUCACAAGAUCACCAGCCCGCUGUGCCACCUUCAACGUCCUCUGCGCCACCUCAACCACCAACAGCCUCGACUGAUGCCACAGACUCCGUGAUCAAGGCUGAGCCAGACCUGGAUGCCUCCAUCGAUCAGGAUAUCGACAUGAGUGGUGAAAAGGCCGACGCGGCCGCCGAGGAUGGGGCCGAAGCAAAUGCGUCGGCUGUGGACCAGUUGGCCGAGUCCGCUCCGCCCAGCAAGAAGGAGACAAGCUUGCGCGAGUUCCUGGGGAAAAUGGAUGAAUUUGCGCCAAUUAUUCCCGACGCUGUCACCGCACAUUACCUGACUCUUGCCGGCUUGCCUCCUCCCGGUACGGGUCCCAAUCAAACACCACCUCACCUCGCUCGCCUCCUCGCUCUUGCAACGCAGAAAUUCGUUGCCGACAUUGCUGCAGACUCGUAUCAAUUUGCUCGCAUCCGUGCUUCCAACUCUUCUUCCGCAAAUAACCCCAUGGGCAGUUUGACCAAUGCUGCAGGUGUUCCGGGUGGUGCAGGCGCUGCCCCGGGUGGUGUGGCCGGGGGCGAUGGAGCCAAGGGCGGCAAGGCGAAUACGCAUCUCGGUAUCCAGCGUCCUGGAUUUGGUGGUGGUGGCUCCGGCGGUUCAGGACAAGGCCGGACAGUGCUGACGAUGGAAGAUCUCGGCAUGGCGGUCUCUGAGUAUGGUGUCACUGUGAAAAGAGGGGAAUUCUACCGUUGA